AUGAAUUCCGCCCCAGGUCAACAGAAUGCCCAGGGCCAGCCUCAAGGCCAAGCUCAAGGCCAACCACAGCCCGGGACGGCAGCUCCCCAGCCUCAGGCAGUCGUCUAUCAACCGUCGCAAAUUCGCCAGCUCCCACACCUGAGUGAGGAAGAGAAGACCAAAUAUGUCGCCGGGCUUGAAACUCUCUGGGCCAAGGUUAAAAACUCUCCCCAGGGAAGUCCCGAAUAUAAACAAGCGACAGAGAAGAUCUUCAAUUUCUCCAAGAUGUUGACGGGCAAGAUUCAGCAACGUCGACAGCAGAUUGGGCAUCAGCAAAGGCUACAGCAACAGCAACAAUUACAAGGUCAACAAGCCCAACAGGGCCAGCAGCAACCCGCGCAGGGGCAGGCCCAGGGUCAAGCUCAGCCAAUACAGCAGCAGCAAGGACAACCGCAACAGCGCCCAGCAGUGCCGCAACAAGCUCUGCAAACUCAACCACAAACACAAGGUGUACAGGGCCAGGCAAACCUGGCACAAGCGCAGACAGCUGGACAGGUCGGCCAACCUCAAACCCCGGCGCAGAAUGCCACGGUACAAAAGCCAGGUGCCUUCCCCAACGCGGGGAUCCAGAACCAAGCAGCUCCCGGCACCCCGACUGUUGCGCAAGCGCAAAAUCCGCAACCUCAAGGUCAGGCUCAGGCUCAAGCUCCCACCCCCAAGUUGCCGGAGAAUAUCGCCGCCCAUCUCAGGCAGGUCAGCUUCAGACCUCCUGCCAAUCUCCUUGGCAAGGGCUCCACAGCCGAAGCUACGAGGUGGAUUCAAGAGCAGAAAACCAGAUACGGUCGUGCUCUUCUUACCAUGGAGAACACGAAGACGAGAGUUCGAGCUAUUGAGAGGCAGGUCGCCCAAAGACAGGCAUCUCAGAAUCCCUUCACUGAAGAUGAGAUUAAGAAACUCAAUGAGCAGAAGGCCAAUCAGCUCAAGGUGUACAAUGAAGCCACUAAGUGGGUGGAGCAGUUCAAGAAGGUACAUAUUGUGACUGACACGAGAGCCGGCACGCAAGCUCAGGCAGCACAGGGGGCACAAGGUCAGAAGCCGACUGACAUAAACACGGCCCAAAACGUGACACAGUCAGUAAAUGCGGCUGUUGAGGCUGCCAAGAACCAGCAGCAGCUGGCGGGUGUGGCCAACCGUCAAUCCCCAGCCAGCACACCAACUACAAAUGCGCAGGCACAACCGAACCGUCCGGCCCAAAACCCUCCUCAGGCAACACAACAACAAACUCAACAACAGCCACAACCACCACAACCACCGCAAGCUCACCCGCAACCCCAAGCCCAAGUCCAAGUGAAGACGGAGCCGGUUCAACCUCCCCCAGUCAACACAGUCAUGGCCGCUCAGCAGACACAAGCCCAGGGAGCUCAGCGCGUACAAACGCCCCAGUCAGCGACUCCGGUUCCUCCUCCUGGGCCAACACGAGCUUUGAGCCACUCUGCCGCCAUGAAUCUUGCCAACCAAAGAGCUGUCUCUGGCAAUAUCCCAACACAUGGUCAGCAACAACAGCAAGUCCAACAGGGCCAGCCGCCGCAGCAAGUUGGCACACCUACGUCCACAAACGGGGCCAUGAACCAGAACAUGGCUGCACAGCAGCAGCAGCAACAAACUGCGCCGCAGCAUCAGCAAGGUCACCCUCACGCACACCCGACAACCCAACAAGCCACGAUCCAGUCCAAGAUGCCCAUUCCCAAGCAGUUGCCGGAGAAGGCAACUGCCGUUCCACAUGGCGUUGCGAUUGGGGGAGGUGUUAAGGCAGGCCGUCCUACAAUGUCACAAGGCAGUGGUACUCUGGGGGGAGUUAUGAACCAACCAGCGAUGAACAGAGUCCCCGCAUACAAUAAUGAGGCUGAGGGUGAUCACGUUCUCAGCAAGAAGAAACUGGACGAACUCGUUCGUCAGGUGUGCGGAGGUUCAUCAGAAGGGCAGGAAGGCAACCUCCUAACACCAGAUGUUGAAGAAAAUGUUUUGAACAUGGCCGAUUCGUUUGUAGAUAAUGUUCUACACGCUGCUUGCCGAAAUGCCAAGGAGCGUGGUUCCAAAGUCCUGGAAAUCCGCGACAUUCAGCUUGUUCUCGAAAGAACCUACAAUAUCCGCGUUCCAGGCUACUCUUCAGACGAGUUGCGAACGGUUCGCAAAGUCCAACCUUCUCCUGGAUGGAUUGCCAAAAUGAGUGCGGUUCAGGCUGCCAAGGUUAUGCCCGGGAAGGGCGAAUAG